AUGUCGUCCCCACAGGAGCUCGUCCCGCAAACAGAAUCCAUCGCGGAAGUUUAUGCCACCGAUGAUGCAUCCUUGAACUCUGUUGCGGCGCAACACCAGCAACGAUUCUCUGGUCUGAUCUCCCAAUUUAACAAAGAGUACAACCACCGUCCCGACUUCGUCGCUCGCAGUCCUGGUCGCGUGAACAUUAUCGGCGAACACAUUGACUAUUCUCUCUAUGAUGUUUUACCUACCGCGGUUAGCGUGGACGUCAUCAUGGCUGUCAAGAUCGUUCCCGGUACCUCUGGCACCACCAUCAAGAUUGCGAACGUCGCGCCAGAGAAGUUCCCCACGCGCGAGUUUAGUUUCCCGCACGAUGCCGACAUUGAGAUUGAUCCCAAGAAGCACGAAUGGGUGAACUACUUCAAGGCGGGUCUGUCAGGUGCUCUGAAGUUCUUGCGCAAGGAGAGACCAGAUGGCGUCGUACCGGCAAGUAUGGAGAUCUUGGUGGAUGGCAAUGUGCCUCCCGGUGGUGGUAUCUCAAGCAGCGCUGCAUUUGUUUGCGCCAGUGCACUGGCUGUCAUGAAGGCCAAUGACCACAAUGUCUCGAAGCAGGAUCUUUUGGACUUGGCUGUUGUUUCUGAGCGCGCAGUUGGUGUGUACUCUGGCGGUAUGGACCAGGCCGCAUCUAUCUUCUCGAAGCGUGGUUUCCUGCUUUACACCCAAUUCUACCCCACAUUCAAGGCUCAGCAUGUUCCGAUCCCUAAAGCAGCCGACGAAAUCACCUUCCUUAUGGCUCAGAGCUUCGUCACUUCCAACAAGGCCGAUACCGCGCCUCGACACUACAACCUGCGCGUGGCCGAGUGCACACUUGCUGCGGUUAUUCUGGCCAAGAACUUUGGCCUGACUCUUCCCAAGGACAACAGCUCUCUGGGCUACAGUCUGCGCAACUUCCAGAAUGAACUAAUGACCAAGGAGGAGCGUCUCCACGACCCACUGGAGUACCAGAUUGACUCCGUCAUCCAGGCUGUUCAAGAUCUUUUCACCAAGACCGAGGGAUACACACGAGAAGAGAUGGCCGAGCUUCUGGAUAUUACCGUCCCCGAACUGGAAUCCAAGUUCCUGUCCGCAUUCCCCGUGCAAGCAGAGCGAUUCCGUCUCCGCCAGCGGGCAUUGCACUGCUUCAAGGAGGCACGACGUGUCCUGGAUUUCAAGGCUUGUCUAGCAAAGGCCUCGGAGCUGGAUACAAAGCGCAUUCACUACUUGGGCCAACUGCUUAACGAGUCCCAGGAAUCCUGCCGCGCCGAUUACGAGUGCAGUGCCCCUGAGGUGGAUGAGAUUUGUGAGAUUGCUCGGAAGGCGGGUACCUGGGGUAGUCGGUUGACAGGUGCUGGAUGGGGUGGUUGCACUGUUCACAUGUUGCCCCAGGGUAAGGUUGAGGCUGUGACAAAUGCCUUGAAGAAUGAGUACUACUUGAAGCACUUUCCCGAUAUUACUACCGAGAAGCUGGAACAGGCUAUGGUUAUUAGCAAGCCCUCUAAUGGCUCUUUCGUGGUUUUUGGAGCUGCGAUUGACCAAGUCGCUCUGUGA